CAGUUGUGAAGCUUCUAGGUUGUAUAUGUCCGCUAGCACUUACAUCAUUUAUCAGAGCAGUCUUUUAUAAAGAAUCAACAGUCAUUUGUACCCAUGCCGUUGGAACCGAAGACUUAUUCUUUCCUCUCCACAAAAAUGACGUCUCGCAACUCUGAUAUCGUGGCUUCUCUGAGGCAGGUACGGGCUGUCAUCGUUUAUAUCAAACCCUGUUCAAUAUCAAACUCCUUGUACUUACAUCUACGCCUCUCGCCGACUUUGAUACAAGCACUCUAUCCAACAACGAGAACUUCUCCAAUCAUUGUCAUUCUCGUCAAGUCUUCUCUCGUUAAUAUACCAUCACGAUCACCCAUGAUAUACAAACCACUACAACAGCAAAUCAUACAGACACACUCUUUUAUAUCCACACCCAACCCAUAUUCUCCUCUACAACAACAACAACAACAACAUCAUCAUCAUCACCACCCUCACCUCCGUGAUGCCUCGAGUUAAACCAAGACAAACAUCCCAAGCAUCACAAGCCUCCCAAGCAUCAAUCCGCUUCCACUCCUUCUCAAACACCCUCCUCGCCUACCUCGUCCCC